UAUUAUUCCGCAGUCUAAUUAUAACAGAAUGAAAUAUUUACAAAUGUAUCAUUGCGCGCUUAACAUACAAAAUAUAGAAAAUUGUUGGAAUUGAGAACCUUUAAUGCUGAGAUUGGUAUGUUCAGAUUAUUCCUUCAGUAACGUGAAUAGAUUGCAGAACUAUUUAAAAAUGGCAUGGACACGCUAUCAAUGUACUUUAGCAGCACUUAUGGUUGUUACUGGAUCUUUCAAUACUUUAUUUGUAAAAUAUGCAGAUCAACAAGUUGUACCAGAUGAAAAUGGUCAACCUAGGCAUUUUAAUCAUCCUUUUAUGCAAUCAUCUUUCAUGUUUAUUGGAGAGAUGAUGUGUCUUUUAGUAUUUAAAAUCCUUUAUCAUUAUUAUAGUCGCAGAGGAGAUAAUUCUGUGGACAGCAAUCCGUUAACUAAAGGCUCACAUGUAUUUAAUCCUUUUAUUCUACUGAUUCCUGCUUUAUGUGAUACAUGUGCUACUUCUAUUAUGUAUGUCGGCUUGAAUAUGACAUAUGCUAGUAGUUUUCAAAUGUUUCGUGGUGCUGUUAUAAUAUUCACUGCUGUGCUCUCAAUGGGUUUUCUUAAUAAAAAACUAGUUAGUAGGGAAUGGUUAGGUAUAAUAAUGGUUAUAAUUGGUUUAGCUCUUGUUGGGCUCAGUGACAUAACUAUGAAAAAAUCCGAUGUCAGCACAAAUUCUAUUUUAACUGGAGAUUUACUUAUCAUAUGUGCACAGGUUAUAAUAGCUGUACAAAUGGUAAUAGAAGAAAAGUUCAUAGCAGGACAGAAUAUACCAGCGUUGCAAGCAGUUGGCUGGGAAGGUAUAUUUGGAUUCAUUACUAUAUGCAUUAUAAUGAUUCCGCUUAACUUUAUACAUGUUCCACCUCCUUUUGCUGACAAUUCGCAAGGAACCCUUGAAGCUACUAAAGAUGCAUUCAUCCAGAUUGGAAAUAGUGGUUAUUUACUGAUGGCUAUAGUUGGUAUAUCAUUCAGCAUAGCUUUUUUUAACUUUGCUGGUAUUAGUAUUACUAAAGAAAUUGGUGCUACAACAAGGAUGAUAUUAGAUAGUGUUCGAACAAUUAUCAUAUGGGCUUUCUCUUUAGCAUUUAGGUGGCAAGCCUUCCAUUAUUUACAGCUCAUUGGCUUCAUUGUUCUACUCAUUGGAAUGUGUUGUUAUAACAACGUUAUUAUUCCUCAACUAGUAAGAAAAUGUAGAUAUCGUUUAGGCCGUCAUAAACCACCACUAACUGAUCGUGAGCGAAUUAUUAAUACAGCAGCAGAUGAUAUUCCAGAAACUCAAUAAAGAUAUAUUUCUCUUUAAGUGUACUUGAAUGUCCACUAUUUUGUAAUGUUGAGAACUAUUAUAUAGUUUCGCUAAAGUCUGCAAUCACAAUAAUAUGUAAAAUGCUUUCAAUUUGUUUCAUUUGCAAAAUUCAUCAAAUUUAUCAAAAUUAGUACCUUUGCAAAGUUAAUUAAUUAGCACAAUUCUUGUAAAAUGUAUAUUAUAGUUAGAAAAAUUCGAAUUUUUUAUUUAUCUUUUAAGUUGAAUGUGAAAAAUAAGUAUUUUCCCAAUUUUUAUACAAAUUUUUUAAAAAAUUGCAUUAAUUAAAACAAAAUUCUCAUUGUAUAGCAGAAUCUUGUAGCAGAAUCUCAAGGUUCUACCUAUAGGUGGUAUUUUGAAUGAAAUGAGGGUAUUUUAUACAUAUACGUAAAUAUAUUUUACUACUGUAAAAAAAAUGUGUUAAAAGAUGUAUUAUUGCAAGGAAAUAUUAAGUUAUUUCUUCAUGGUAUAUUUCUGCUCUCCUUAUUUUGUAGUAUUCAUAAAUAGUUGAACUGAAAUUUCUACCUAUGAAGUCUAAUUAAAUAGGUUUUAUUACUCUACCUACUUUGCUUUUUUAUAAGUUUCAUACUUAUUAACAAAUAUACGCGUGUAGAACACUUAUUUUCUAUAUUCUAUGUAUAGUUAAGAUAUUAAAUUUUGUAAGAUAUUAAAACAGAGGGAUAGUAUUUAGAGUCACAUGUAUUUAUUAUUUCCUACAGACUUUAUAUAUACGUGAUAAACUAAUUUGUGCAGAAAAUUGUUAACGUAGCAUAUACACAUAUUACAUAUGUGUAUACAGCACAUGUUUAUAUAUACAUACAUAUAUACAUAUGUAUGUAAUAAUGAUAUACAAGUACGCAUGUUUAAGCACGCACGUAUACCUAAUAACAUUCUCUAAAUAAAAUAAUAUUGACAUUUUUAUAAACCAGAAAAGAUUAUGUGAAUUAUAAUCUUCCGUGAAUUAUAAUUAUGAAAAAGAAAAUAAUAAUGUACUGCACAUUAAUCAGCGAUUAUAAAAUAUUUUCAAUUCAAGUUCUGUUUUCUGACCACAUUACAAAUGCUUUAUGGAAUGUUUUUUUGUAAGACUAAUUUUUUCUGUUUCACGUAUUCAUAUCUAAGUUCUGGUCGCCGCCAACUUAAGUUUAAAAUCGCAUUUAUAUCGAAUAUAACCCACUAGCGACAAGGAAAACUAAUUUAUCAUACAAGAGGUUUCACUUAUGCAUUGAUAUUAUAGCAUUUAAUAUCAAACCAAACAUACGUGAUACUUUUUCUAAUUUCUCACAAUUAUGAGCAAAACAUGUAAGACAUAACCAUCAGAACUAUCUAAAUUUCUUAAAUGAAUACGCAACAUUUAUUAUGCUUUUACGACAAAUAAUGUAAAUGGAAGAUGAAUUCAAUUAUAUUGUUCUGGCAAUACAUAAGAAAUAUCAUCCCACGGAUGUCGAUAUAAACCUUGUUUCAACCUUUUUUGAUCCAUGUAAUGGCC